AAAUAAUAAAUUUUAUCUUACAAGAAACUUAUAAUGUAUUAGAUUAAUCAUAUUAGCCUUUAUAGUGUGUAAUCAUGAAUCUAUAAAAAAUUACACAUUAAAAUAAAAUUCAAAUCAAUGAUAAAUUAAAAAUUACCCUUUGGGAUUAAAGUCACCAUAAAAAUAAUUAAAGUUACUCUCAAACUAACCGUUUUACAAUAAAUUAACUUACACCGUCCUUACACAAGAAUUAUUGUAAUUGCUUAUGAUUAAAAAAAAAAAAAAAAAAAAAAAAAGUUUGAACAAAAACUAAAGUCUUACCUUGUCUACAAGAAAAUUCCUUUCUCAUCUGUUCACAACUUCAUUUAAAUAUGUUGGACUUGGACCACCUAACCAACCCAUCUCUUUCCUUUCUUCUACAUAAUCUCUCCUGAUUCUCCCUCGAACAUUGGGUUGCCUUUUUCUGAUUCACUUAUUCACCAUUUCACCCCUUAUAUACUUCCCUUUUUCAUUUCUCUCUUGUUGUCGAAAAGGGGUUCUGGGUUUAAUCAAAACAUCCAAUUUCUCAUCAAAAUUGAAACCCCACUUCUUAAUUUCUCUUAAAUCUGUGUGAUUUUCAAGGGUUUUUGAAAUUUAUUCAGGAAAUCAAGAAUUUAGUAUCUGGGUGUUUUUGGAUUGUGGAUUUUGACCGUUGGAUUUAAGGAUUGCUGCCAUUGCUGUUGCUGUUGCUUCUGAUUGAGCUAUGGAAUCUCAAGUCUUGGUUGCUCUUGCGCUCUCACUUGUUGGGGGGUUGAGCACAUCCUUAGGUGCACUUUUUGUAGUCCUAAGUGACGCACCAAACUUGAAGAUGCUUGGGCUCUUACAGGGCUUCGCUGCAGGCCUUAUGCUUAGCAUAUCAUUUCUAGAUCUGGCUCACAAUGCCAUAAACUCUAUUGGCUUCUUGAAAGGGAAUUUAUGGUUCUUUGCAGGUGUCAUUUUCUUUGCAAUUAUUGCCAACUUCAUCCCAGAACCAACACUCACUCCUACUCCAAGUGUUAAAAGCAAAAAGCGGGCAAACGGAGAAGAAAAAGGGAAGGACUUAAUGAAGAAGCAUCGGCGACAAGUCAUGUACAGUGGCAUAAUAACAGCCAUAGGUAUCAGCUUGCACAAUUUCCCUGAGGGAAUGGCAGUUUUUCUUGGAUCCAUGAAGGGCCUUCGGGUGGGUCUUAAUUUAGCUUUGGCUAUUGCUCUGCACAACAUUCCUGAGGGUGUCGCUGUUGCUCUUCCAGUUUACUUUGCAACGCAAAGCAAGUGGCAAGCAUUUAAGAUAGCAUCACUCUCUGGUUUGGCGGAGCCCUUGGGUGUUAUACUUGUAGCAUACCUAUUCCCAACCAGUUUAAAUCCUGAGAUUCUUGAUGGCCUUCUGGGAUCAGUUGGUGGAGUGAUGGCUUUCCUCACCUUACAUGAGAUGUUGCCUCUGGCGUUUGAUUAUGCUGGCCAGAAACAAGCUGUGAAGGCUGUUUUCUUUGGCAUGGCUUUUAUGUCAGCAAGUCUGUAUUUUCUAGAAAUUAGCCUCCCAGCAGAGAUGAGUUUAUAACUGAAGCAUCCGUUUGGGUUGGUGAUAACAUAGCAAUGGAUGUACAUCGCUUUGCAUCGUUCUCUCUAUUGGCAGUCUGACUUCCAUCACCCCAUCAUUGCUAACAUAGAUAAAUUACAUGAAGCGAAGCCUGCAACCUUUGGGAUGGACUGGAAGUGUAUAAUGUAAACCUGAAGGAAAAAGUGAUAUGCAUAAUUAUGUUAGGUUGUAACCAUAAAUCAUUGGAGAACUUCUUAGCAGCUUCAAAGUUGAAACCAUUUGAUAUCUCUGGCUGAUGCCAAUUAUAAACGUCGGCUACACCAUAUAUUCAGAGGGGUAACUCUCAUACAUCCUCAUAUUCAUUAAGACGUCAUUGCUUUUGACACUCAAA